AUGGGCAGCCCCCGCUCGGCGCUGAGCUGCCUGCUGUUGCACUUGCUGGUUCUCUGCCUCCAAGCCCAGCUGGGGCCCGGGAGCGGGGCUGCGCUGGGCAGGGAGCUUGCUUCCCUGUGCGGAGCUGGCCGGGAGUCCCAGGGUGUUUCCCAACAGGUAACUGUUCAGUCCUCACCUAAUUUUACACAGCAUGUGAGGGAGCAGAGCCUGGUGACGGAUCAGCUCAGCCGCCGCCUUAUCCGGACCUACCAGCUCUACAGCCGCACCAGCGGGAAGCACGUGCAGGUCCUGGCCAACAAGCGCAUCAACGCCAUGGCAGAGGACGGGGACCCCUUCGCAAAGCUCAUUGUGGAGACAGAUACCUUUGGCAGCCGGGUUCGAGUCCGAGGAGCUGAGACAGGCCUCUACAUCUGCAUGAAUAAGAAGGGGAAGCUGAUUGCCAAGAGCAACGGCAAGGGCAAGGAUUGUGUCUUCACGGAGAUCGUGCUGGAGAACAACUACACGGCCCUGCAGAACGCCAAGUACGAAGGCUGGUACAUGGCCUUCACCCGCAAGGGCCGGCCGCGCAAGGGCUCCAAGACGCGGCAGCACCAGCGCGAGGUCCACUUCAUGAAGCGGCUGCCCCGAGGCCACCACACCACGGAGCAGAGCCUGCGCUUCGAGUUCCUCAACUACCCGCCGUUCACGCGCAGCCUGCGCGGCAGCCAGAGGACUUGGGCCCCCGAGCCCCGGUAG